GGCUGCAGGAGAUGUAGGCUUUAGUUUAUCACACAGUGAUUUCUGACUCUGCUGACAGAGGAACUGAAGUUCAGCACUGCAGUUUCCGGAGGACUGAUGAAGAGGCGACACUGAGCGGGUCCUGCAGGUGACUUUCUGGCUUUUUUCUUCUGUCUCUUUAGUUGAGACAGCAGAAUGGCUCUCUGUGCUGCUGGUCGUCCACUCCAGAACACACGCAAUGCAUUGGGAAGGUUUUUUAAGCAGAGCAGCGCGUUCAGCUCAAACACUAGUAACCCUCAGGAGGAAGAGAUUCGACAGAAACUCCGGCAGUUUUCAGGAGGGUCUAUAGAUCUUCAGAAGCAGGAGUCAGGCAUUGCAGUGAUGACAGUCAAUAAUCCUGCCCUCAUGAAUGCCUUCUCAGGAAGUAUGAUGAUAGAACUGGAGGAGCGAGUGAGUGAGUUAGAGACAUGGACAGAAGGAAAAGGCCUUAUUGUCAAAGGAUCAGCAGGAACAUUCUGCUCGGGAUCUGAUCUGAAUGCAGUCAGAGCAACAUCCAAACCAGAGGAUGGUAUGAAAAUGUGCAUGUUUAUGCAGAAGACUCUAACAAGACUGCUUAGGUUGCCUCUCAUCUCUGUGGCUCUAGUUGAAGGAAAGGCAUUGGGUGGAGGUGCAGAACUCACUACUGCCUGUGACUUCAGAUUGAUGACAUCUGAUGCUGUGAUCCAGUUUGUCCAUAAACACAUGGGCUUGGUGCCUGGAUGGGGUGGUGCUGCAAGGCUUGUCCAGAUCGUUGGAAGCCAGAAUGCCCUACAACUGCUUGCUGGUGCAAAGAAAGUUGAUCCACAGUUGGGAAGGCAAAUUGGACUAGUUGAUGAGGUGCUGAGUUUAUCCCUUGCUUCAGAAAAUUCCCUAAUGGAGGCAGAAAAGUGGCUGAGUCAGUUCACAAAGGGAUCGGCUCCAGUAAUCAGGGCUGUGAAGAAAGUGGUGGUGUCUGGAAGAGAGCUUCCCUUGGAGGAGGCCCUGAGAACUGAAAAAGAUAUAUUUGGGACUGUUUGGGGUGGGCCGGCCAACCUUGAGGCUUUGGCACGAAAAACAAAACACAAGUAAAUAAAACUAUGCGGAUGUUUAAAAUAA